AUGUCCACUGCUGAUGAGCUGAAGGCUCUGGGCAACAAGGCCAUUGCCGCAAAGAACUUUGACGAGGCUGUACCUGUUGGCUCGAGGCUCAUAGAUCUAACCCUUCUCCUGAACAACCCCAUGGGUGACCCUAUGGGCGGCCUGGGCCAGAUGUUCAACGAUCCCAACCUCAUUACCAAGCUCGCCUCGAACCCCAAGACCAGCUCUCUCGUGUCCGACGCCUCGUUCAUGCAGAAGAUUCAACAAAUCCAACGAGACCCCAAGUCUCUGGACUUUCAAGAGAUGAUGGGUGACCAGAGGUUCCUGCAGGUGCUGGGCGUCCUGAUGGGUGUUGAUAUGCAGAUGGGCAUGCCUGGCGAGGCGGACCCGGCCGGCGCUGCGGGCCCUCAGGAGCCCGAGCAGAAGUCUGCACCAGAGCCAGCCCCCAAGAAGGCCCCGGAGCCAGAGCCAGAGCCAGAGCCCAUGGACGAGGACGAGGAGUCAAUCAACAAGAGGAAGGCCAAGGAGGAGGCCGACAAGGAGAAGGCGCUUGGCACGGCCGAGUACAAGAAGCGCAAUUUUGACGCCGCCAUCGAGCACUACACAAAGGCCUGGGAGACUCACAAGGACAUCACCUACCUGACCAAUCUGGGCGCGGCCUACUUUGAGAAGGGAGAUUACGAUGAGUGCAUCAAGGCCUGCACAAAAGCCGUUGACGAGGGUCGCGAGAUCUACGCCGACUUCAAGCUGAUCGCCAAGGCGUACUCCCGCAUCGGUACUGCCUACGAGAAGCAGGGCGACCUAGAGAAGGCUAUCGAGUACUACAACAUGUCUCUGCGCGAGCACCGUACACCCGAGACCCUGAACAAGCUCCGCGCUGCCGAGAAGAGGAAGCUCGAGGAGGCCAAGACAGCCCUCAUCGACCCAGAGAAGGCCGAGGAAGCCCGCCUCAAGGGCAAUGACUAUUUCAAGAAAGCCGAUUGGACCGAGGCGUACAAGGCAUACGAGGACAUGGCCAAGCGCGCGCCUGAGGACCCCCGCAGCUAUUCCAACAAGGCCGCCGCGCUGAUCAAGCUCGGCGAGCUGCCCAGCGCCCUGGACGAGUGCAACACCGCCAUCAAGAAGGACAAGACCUUUAUCCGCGCCUAUAUCCGCAAGGCCCAGUGCCUCUUCAUGAUGAAGCGAUACUCGGACUGUCUGGACGCAUGCGACGAGGCUGCGCAGGUCGACAACGAGCACCAUGGCGGUGCAAACGCCAAGGAGAUCGAGCAGCAAUCCCAAAAGGCGCUGGGCAAGAUGUACGAGAAGCGCGAGAACGAGACCGAGGCACAGACCAGGGAGAGGAUCAUGCAGGACCCCGACAUCAUGAGCAUCAUGCAGGAUCCCGUCAUGCAGUCGAUUCUGCAGCAGGCCCAGUCCGACCCUGGUGCACUCCGCGAGCACAUGAAGAAUGCCAGUGUGCGUUCCAAGAUCCAGAAGCUGAUCGCCGCAGGUGUCAUCCGCGUUGGCUGA